AUGAUGUAAGACAUCGAUGUGAAAAUUAAACUGUAAUAAAAAAAAUUCUUGGCUUUAAAGCAUUUUUGAAAUGAGUGGCUUAUCAGAGGACGAUAGUUCUGAUAGUAGCAAUGAAUAUUUGGUUGGUCCAGAGAAAAUUAAUUUAAAUUCCAGCUUCUUCACGAAAAAGAGUCCCGACGAUGCAACGGUUGUGGAUAAAAUCAACACCGACGAUGAAAACACCGAUGACGAGGAUUUCGAGGACGUCAAUCAAGCAGGCAAUAUCGAACUUUUCGCCCAAGUUUUAAAAAACUUAGAACAUUCACAAAAGCUCCAAUUCAAUGAUGAAAACUCUGAAAAGAAAGAGCCGUAUUCAGACCAUCCUGUGUCGCAAAAAAAAGAGACACAAAAAAUGAAAAGUGAUAUAAAAGAUGUCACAUCCUCUAAUGAAAUAAACGAACUGUUGCUCCAAGGUGAGAGUAGUGUAAGUUCAUCCUUUAAAAAGCUUUCUGUAAAUGGAAUAGCAAAAAAUGAGGAGGAUGCCGAGCCUCCUACCGAAUAUACUAUUCCAAAGAAUGGUGUCAAGAUUGUCUUACCAGGCACCAGUUUAAUGAUUAACAAAAAGAAAAAGGGAAAACCAGAUCUGAAAGCAGUCUUGAGGAAACGAUUAAGAGAUAGUCAAAUAUUAGUGGAGAAAGUAGGAUUACUCUGUUGGUUGGCUUAUGGAUUUUACUUGAAUCGUCAGAUAAAUCAGCCCGAGAUAAUGGCUAAUGUGUUAUCAUUUAUUUCCACUUCUAAUUAUCCAAAGAAUAGAAUAGAUCUCACAUAUUUAGAGAAGUUUACAAAAUGGUUCAAACAUAUGUUCACAUUUGAGCCUGUUGAAAGCAAUGGCAACAAACAAAUAGACAAAGAAACUUUGUUAAAAAUACUGAAGGAAAAGAAGAUCUCAAAUUAUAAAGAAUUGGUAUUACUAUAUAUUGCUACAUUGAGAGCUUUAGGUUUAAAUUGUAGACUAGUUAUUUCUCUUUGUCCCCCUCAUCGAAUAUAUAAUGAUAACCCACUGUUUAAAUCAGAUAAUAAGGAAUCUGAAACUGCAUCAACAAGUAAAAGUACUACAACUAAAGGGAGAAGUUCAAAGAAAAAGGAAAGUAAAAAAGAAGUUCCCGAUAAAACUAAUGUGAUUAAGAAUAGCUCAGAGGCAAAGAAAAAUGCCAAUUUAGAAGCCAAGAGGAGGGCUGCUGAAAUUUUACAUUCAAAAAACAAGGGAGUUAAAAAAUCAAAUACUAAAAGUACUGAAAAUAAAGGUGAAUCUCAACCUGCAGUACAAGAAAAAGGUCUGUCUAAUUUAAGACAAUUAAGAUCCCGUAAAGUUAAUACUACAAAAACAAUGAACUCUACAGACAUAUCUUCAAAAACAGAUGACACAAAAUCAAAGUAUUAUAUAGAAGAUUCAACAGAUUCUGAAACAGAAUUUCAGCCUAAACCAAAAUUGAAAAAGAAUAAUGAUAAAGAGGAGGCAUUACAAAGUUGUAAGAACACUAGGAAAAAGAAUACAAAAUUAAUAUCCUCUGAUAGUGAAGAUGAAACAAAUAAAACAAAAAGGAGGCAAGACAUUUGGGCUGAAAUAUAUUUAGAGUCAGAGGAGAGUUGGAUCUGUGCGAGUGUAAUGGACGAAAAGAUUCAUUGUGUGACUGAAAAAAGAGCAACAAAGCCUGUAUUAUACGUAGUAGCUUGGAAUUCCGAAGGUUUAUUAAAAGACGUGACUAGACGCUAUUGUGCACAAUGGCUUACAGUCACACGUAAACAGCGGAUUGAUGAAAAAUGGUGGAGUGAAACCUUGUCUUAUUGGAAAGAAAAAAAUACUGCCAUUUCUAGAGCCGAAGAUGAAAUGCUAUUACAAAAGGAAUUGGAACAACCUUUGCCUAAAACGAUUAGCGAAAUCAAAGGUCAUCCACUAUAUGUCAUUCAAAGACAUUUACUCAAAUUUGAAGUAUUAUAUCCUCCAGAUUGCGUUCCUUUAGGACAUACUUCUACCGGUGAAGCCAUUUACUCUCGUCACUGUGUACAUACGGCUCGUUCAAGAGAAACUUGGCUUAAACAAGCCAGAGUUGUGAAACCUAAUGAAGAACCUUAUAAGAUAGUCAAAUCUCGUCCAAAAUACGAUAAAGUGCGCAUGAUUAGUUCCUCGUUCCUUUCUGGAUUAAAAAUUAAGGAUUCACCAUUGGAAGUAUUUGGUGAAUGGCAAACUAUGGAAUAUGAACCACCAGUAGCCAAGGAUGGUAUUGUCCCACGAAAUGAGUAUGGAAAUGUUGAUCUGUUUAAACAAUGCAUGCUUCCAAAAGGCACUGUUCAUAUAAAUCUUCCAGGAUUGAAUCGUAUUGCUCGUAAACUUGACAUUGAUUGUGCACCAGCCGUGGUAGGCUUUAAUUUCGGAGCUAUGGGUGCAGUGCCUGCAAUCGAAGGUUACGUCGUUUGUUCUGAGUACGAGGAUACUUUGCGAGAAGCUUGGGAAGUUGAACAAGCUGAAGCAAUUAAACGAAAUAAAGAAAAACAAGAGAAACGAAUUUAUGGAAAUUGGAAGAGACUGAUUCAAGGUUUGCUCAUAAGAGAACGACUGGCAGCAAGAUACGAGUUUUCAGAAGAAAAUAAAUCAAUGACUAAAAAACGUGCGAAAGAUAAGAAAACAAACACAAAGAAGACUAAGUUUGAAAAAUGUGGAGUAAUAUCGAAUAUGAGAACGCAUCUUCGUCAAAAUUUAAUAAAUGCGUUAAAAAGUAAAAAUAUUAUUUUAAAAAAUUAUGGGCCCAAAUGUGCAAAGCAGUAUGUUUACGAUCUAUUAAUAGCAGAAUAUUUAUUGAAUCAUAAUUAUGCAUAUACAUUAUCUGUAUUUGCCAGUGAAGCCCCAUUGUUAAUUAAUUUUUUUAACAAGACAGUUCAAAAAUCUAGUAGCAAUGAAGAGGAUAAUGAAAAAUUACAAAGUGAUUAUAUAUUGCACGUUUUGGAAACGUUAGGUAUUAAUCCUCGUGAUCCUAAAGGACAGUAUGUUAUAUCACAGUACAAAAAAAAUGAUAUGCCUCUUCUUUUAUGUAUAUUGAAGUCUAUAACUAUGUUCACUUAUAAUAUACACAAUGAUGUACCAAUAAAAGAAAAAGUAUUCGUUUGUAAUGAAUCCACUCAAACUGAAGUUUCUUGGCAAGUUCAUAGUUUUUAUACAGAAAAAUUAACUGCUUUGAAAAGGAAGAUAUCUACACAUAAGCAAAUGGUUGACAAUAAACUACACAAAAGGGAAAUGAUAUUAAAAGAACAGGCAAUUAUCAUUAAGCAACAACUUGUAAUAUUAAAUACAAAAUUGCAUCAAGUUCAGCAUAUGAUACAUAAUAUGAGUUUGAAAGAAAAACAACUAAAAGAAAGAAAACAGAAUAAUGAACAAGUUUUACAAAAGGAAAAGGAAUUAACAUUGAAAGAAAAACUAUUAUUACAAAAAGCAGACAGACUGAAACGGGAGCAAGAAGAUUUUAAAAAACUAGAAGAAGAAUUUAAAAAAGCUCAUAUGCAGAAAGGUGUACAAACUGAACAUUCAGUAAAAUUAUGCAAUCAUUUUUUACGAAACAUUGAAAUACAAACAGAUACUGUAAAGGACAUACAACAAGAGAAUAAAAUUGAGGUCCUUAUUAAAGAAAAAAAAAAAUUAAGUGCUCUUAUUCAGGAGCAACAAUUAAGAAUAGAACAAAUAACACAACGAGCUCUUCAGUUGUCUCGACAAGUGGAAGGAAUACGCUCGUUGAAACCAACUGAAGUUCCAACACAAACUGUUAGUGCAAAUACAAUUAUUAGUGAAAGCAGUUCGACAGAAGAUAUUCUCCAAGAUGCAAAGAUGAGACUUAAACGUUUAGAAGAAGAAAGCUUAAAAGCGGAUCACAUGCAUUCUUUAAAGGAUAUUGUUUGUCCCGGCUUUCACGGCCUUCCCGUUCAUGAGUACGUUCCUUUGUGUAGGGUGACUUUUCCUGAAAAUACAUUCUCAUAUGAAUCUUCUGAAUGUCGUGUUAUCUUGCAAUUGGCGUUUGGGUAUUUGAUAGUAUCACCUAGUUUUUCUGGUCUUUGCUAUUGUCUCCCAUUUCGUCUUUUCAAUGUACUCGAAGCGGACGUCUUUAUCAACUAAGGGGUCAAGGAAUAGUGUUAGAAAAAUUAUUAAAAAGUUAAUUUAUGGGGAGAAAUGUUUGGGACAAAAUGUAAGAUUGAUGUAACGGGAUAUGCGAAAAAAGUGUGGCACGUUCUUUUCGAAAUGUGUUGUCUUGUAUGUUUCUCUAUUAAUAGGAUUGUUAUCGCGAAUUCCUCUUAAAUUUUUUUUUUUUUCUAAGCAUGGGAAAGACAAGUAAUGACCUACUUAUGACCAUUUUUAACAAAUACCUUAAAGAAUCUAUUAAAUUCGAAUAAAAUGUCGUACGAAUAAAGUAUUCGAAAUUAUUCGAACAUGUCCUAAUAAAAAUAUAAUCUCUUAUAUCUUCGACAAUGAAUAGCAGAAAAUUUCAAUUAGAAUUACUAACCUUGUUGUAGUGAUGCUUUUCUCUAUGCUCGGGGAUGUCACCGUUUUGAUGUGUUCCUUUUGCUGAAAGCAAUUUUUAUUACUUAAUUAUAAAGAAACCGAAUCAAAGUAGAUUUUAAAUUACUGGAAAAAUUUUCUACCUUUCUCAUCAUCUUUUCUUCUUUUUUGUUCAGUUGUUACUGCUGAUUCAUCUGUUCUAUCCUGUAAAAUAUGAAAGAGAUAAUAAAUUAUAUUAUAUUUAGAAUAUGUUAUUAAUGGGCGAUUUAUUAAAAACUCGAAACAUACUCUUUUUCGUGCGAAUUUCUUCUCUCUGCGCAACUCUUUCUGUUCAUCUCUUAUUUUGCCUUUGCUUGAGCGUUCCUUUUUGUCGAAACUUCCCUCGGCACGUCUCCCCUCCUGUUAACAUUAAAAAUUCAACCACAUAAAUAAUAUACGAAAAACAUUAUUGUAAAAUUUAAUCCUUACCUUUUGUACAUUUUCAACUUUUUUUCUUUUGGCAUCUGAAAUUAGACAUUAUCAGUUUUGGAUUAUUAAUUUGGAAUAAAAAACAUAUGUAUUAUAUUUUUUGUUAAAGUAUAUUUUUUUACUAUGUUGUUUUUUCAACACAAGCUUUAUGUUCCCUAAAAAAUACUAGAAGUAAGAAAAUUUGAUUAUGUAAUUUCAUGACACGUAUUUAUAACUUUUUAAUGCAAACCUCUAUCUGAUCCAUCUUGUGUUGGUCCGGAACUAGCACUACUAUUUGAUACACUAGAAAGAUCACGGUCUAAAUUAUCUACAGCACUGCUAUAAUAAUGUUCAUCCUGUAAAUUAAGAUUAAGAACAUGGGAAUAUGCUUAUCACGUAAUAUAGUUUGCAGAAAAUUUAUAAUUACUUUGUAGUAUUUUCGGUCUUUUUUAUCUAUCGUGUCAUCUUCCUUGAUUUCAUCCUUUUUUAAAUGUUUAUCUUUUCCUUCCAGACUUUCUUUAUUUUCUUCCUUUUUCCUAAUUUUUUCCGAGCUUUCACUGUUUCAUUUAACGAAAAUUUAGUAACAAUUUUUGAUCCUUUAUUUAGUGAAAUUAAAAUAUGUAUUACGCAACUUACUGAUGCAAUUGGUUCGAUGCACUUCGUUUUUCUCGUUGAUCUUUACUUUCUUUCUCUAACCUGGUGUCGCCAUUUGUAAUUUCUUUACCAGAUAUUCCAUCCCCAACUUUCUCCGAGACAUCACUGUUUGGAGUAUCUUGUGUUUUUCCAGCCUGUCAGAAAAAUGUAGAAAUUGCUUUCCAACGAAGAUAAUACUGAAUGAACGAAUAAUUGAUAAUAAUAAAGCAGACCUUAUCUCCCACGUGAUGAAAAUCUGCCUCGCGAAUCAUAUUUGGAGUUUUGGCCUUUAAUUGGCCACUGUACGAUGUAGCCAGGACGUGUAAAUCUUGGCGUUGUCCACGUUCUUCUUCUCUCACUUUCUCUACUUUACGCUCAAGAAUUUGUGACAAUUUUGCCAAGACAGGAAAAUGUGGCAAUAUUUUUAUUAAUAUUAUCAAGGAAUUUCUUAUUUGUACAUAGUCUUUAGAAUCCAAACAAACUACAAUUGCCUGUAAAUAUGAUAUAUAUUGAUUUACAGUCGAAAAAAUGAUCUUGAUGUAAAAUCAUUACCUUUGUGAUUUUAUAAUGCCACUUGUGGCACACAUGUCUAUAAUUUUCAAAUCCUACCAUAUCGUUAGCCUCAGAGAAUUGAUUGCUAACACGGAAUUUCGUUACGAAUCCCGGAUAAUUGCUACAUUCCUAAAAAUAAGAAUAAGUGUAUUAAUAAAAUUUUAGAGGUUCAUCGAAUUUGUUGUAAACUAA